AUGGCCAAGCAGCUGCCCGUGAGCUGCUUCUCCUGGGGACUUCAACGCAUCACGUUGAGGCACCGAAUCUCGCAACUCGGCAACCAUGAUGUUAGCCCCAAUGUGCGCCGAGCAGCAAGUACGGUGCCGAUCUGCUCUGAUGGCGUCGACCUUGAUGAGUUCCGCCGAACAGCCUUCAUCCCAGGGUCACCGUUGCUCAUUCGCGGAUCACUCCCCCUUCCGGCAGUGAGGACGUGGUUCGACCACCAUGAAGACCAACACAUUGGCUCUCUCAGUCGGCACAUCACCGACUUUGCCUCAUGUAUAUUCCCCUAUGAGCUGGUGAUACAGCAAGCCGCAGGCCAGAUCAGCCCGUACAGCAGAUUCCAAGGCUGGUUACGUGGACAGCAUCCCGAGCUCAGCCAUUUGCUACCUGACGCCCCUGACCUGGGGCGCGAGGCACCAAACCGACAUUCCACAUUCCACCAACUGCAUGCACCUCUUUUGCUUCUCAUGAAAGCCAUCGAGUACAAUGAAAGCCAGGGCAACACCGACUGUCGGAUCAAGCAGCUUUACAUAGCACAAUCCCAACUGAACGAGCUUCCGCAGGCUCUACAAGACGACUUGCCUGCCCCUGAACUUGUCCGACAAGCUGGUAAAGGCGACGUCUACGAUUCUAGCAUCUGGCUUGGCUUGGAACCGACCUACACGCCCUUGCACCGCGAUCCCAACCCCAACCUAUUCCUGCAGAUGCUAAGCGCCAAGACUGUCAGGCUGCUUCCACCUAAUCGCGGCCAGCGACUCUAUGCCCAGGUCCAGAAAGGGCUCGGAGCCAUGGGAAACUCCCGGUUUCGAGGCUCGGAGAUGAUGCAGGGCCCGGAACGCACUGCAUUAUACGAAGCCGUCUGGGGCCCCGGUGCCACGGAAGACAUCUUGGAGGCCAAGCUUCAAGCCGGUGACCUCCUAUUCAUCCCCAAAGGCUGGUGGCAUAGUGUGCUCAGUGCCUUCGACGAUGGGCGCCUCAACGCGUCAGCUAAUUGGUGGUUCCGAUGA